AUGGACGACAGGAGCCGGCUAUGCCGACGUGCUCUCCGACGACGAAGACUCCAUGCGCGCCGCGGUGAAGGAGAGAGCGUCCGCGCUGGAGAAAUUCUUGAAGCGCGUCCGGAAAGAUACGUACCACGAGCAGUUACUGGCGGCGAGCGAGACCGGGUGGAGCCGAAGGGAAGCGGGACCCUCAAGUGCGGGAACCUCGCCUGCGAAGAUCGUGACGUGAGCCGUGUCAAAAAGUGCUCGCGCUGCGGAAUCGUCGCCUACUGCAGCAAAGAAUGCCAGGUCGCGCACUGGCCCAUACACAAGGCGAUGUGCGACGAACAGAAACUGAUGCACGCGGAAACUGGGAAGUCGCCGCUAGAAAAGGACAACAACACGUUGGAGUGGUACAGUUCGCUGAGUUUCAUUCCUCAUCUCGUGCUCAUUCAAGCGUGGCGACAGCGCGCGAGUAGCCCGCUCAUUCGCGUGCAAGGCAUGCCGAACCCGAAGUUGGCUUCGGUCGAAACGAUAAAUCGCGCCGUCUGGGACGAGGACAGCUACGGAAGAGACGUAGAGAACAUGGACUUCCUCCGCAUGCGAUACGGGCAAGCUGACUUCGACCCAGACGUACACUACUACGCCAUCGUCAUGGCCGGCCACGUCGGAUCGGAAGAUUGGACCGCCGUCAUUCCGCGCUUCCGUUUCCCCUGCCCGGCGGAACAUAUGGAUGACUUUGUCAAAGGCUGCAUUGCGAGUUCUCCCGUGAUUCAAUGCAUGGAAUCGUUCUACGGUCCUACGCACGCUCACGACAGCCGGCGCGAUCGGCGCGUGCGUUUGCGAGGAUUACGAGGCGCAUCGCGACUGAACGGAAAAGAAGGAAUCGUGAAGGCGCCGCUGCCGCAUUUCGAGAGCUGGGACCCUCUCAGCGAUCGUUGGACCGUGCGUCUCGACGACGGCGACGAGCUCGUGCGCGCCAAGGCGGAAAACGUCGAGUUUCUCCCGAGGCGCGUCCGACUGCGCGGGCUCAAGGGGGCGCCGGAGAUGAACGGUUUGACCGGGGGCGUCUACGACGUGUUAGGCUCGUACGACUACGCCGCCGGCCGCUGGACGGUGACGUUGGACGGCAGCGGGAAGACACUGAAAGUGAAGCCGGCGAACUUGACAUUUUUGGACGGCGGCGACGGAGGCGGCGACUACGUGCCUCUUUCUGUGUGGAGAUUCCAACCUGAGAUUGGGAAUUGAAUUUUCAUUGAGUCAGCCUCUGUCGAAUGAGAGGGUAGGGGUAGACGAACGCGAAUCAUCAGCGCGAGUUAGACGAACGCGAAGACGACGAACGAAACGGGACUGCUGCUUAUGAUAGACGAGUUGUAGUACGCGCGCUCGAGUGCUGCGCGCGCGUCGACGACGCGCGGCUCUUC